CUCUUUCAACAAAUUUGGUCUCGCGCGGCGCAAACGAUCUUCCAGACAACGGGCAAGUGACGCGUGCCCGGUUUUCUCGAAACGUUGCGAUUAACUAUCGGUACCCAUAAUCACGGCGGUUCGAUAAACGGCCACUGCGGAUGCGUGUUGCGCAGAUCAACCAAACGCAUCGCUCGUGUCGACCACGAUUCCGCAUUUUUAAUUCAGCUGUCUCGCGAUGCUUUUGCAAGUUGUGCGCACCUGCAAACCUAUCUUUUACAGUCGCGUGACCCUCCUAUAUUUACUUAUAGGCCGUGCGCAAACGGGUACCACAUCCUCAACGCGCACCACGGGGGAGCUUCAGGAAAACAUCGGGACUUCAGAGAAGCACGCCUUUUCCUCCGCGGGGUGUAAGUUACCAUGGGCAUUGAAAAAUGGCACCGUUACUAUAUUCGCCUGGGCCGAACGACUGUCCGUCAAUCUCCAUCGCUUCCUCGACAAUGUAAACCUCAGUCAGGAGUUGCAGUCGCGGUUCGAGGAGCUUCUCCUGCGGUCCAUAGUGAAUUGUCGCGGCCUUCGUUGCACUCCCGCGCAAUGUCCCGUUUGCUUCGAGCUGGAGCAACCAAGAAGUCGCUUUCUCUGACGCUGCAUCGGUGUCCGAGCGGCCGGUUGGAUGCAACGCGAUUUCUUCGAUGCUACACACCGAAAAAGCCUUACCCAUUCGCUUCCCCACGAGCUGCCAAUGAGCAGCAUAUUCCGCCACACCAGGGUCUGCGUCGGCUGACGAACUCGACCGGUCUGCUCGUAAACGCGCCAGCAAGAGAAAAGUUUCUUCGAGCUUCGUGCGCAUCUGCAGUUCACCGCGAAGACACGCCUCAUUUGUGGAGGACGACCCAAAACCUACACGAUACCACGAAGACUUGCGCCAAGGUCGCCCUACCUCCGACAAGGCCGGUGCGAUGCAUGUCCACUCAGUCGGACGCCGUGCCGCCGGGGAGCUCCGCCUCUCCGGCGCUGGCGCCGCACCUGUACGUCUCGUCCAACACGUUCCAGAAGCGCGACAACCUGCUCGUGCUCGACCUGCUCAACACGGCGUUCCGGCGCGCGCCCAGCGAGGACCAACAGUUCCUGGACGUCGGCUGCGCCGUGGGCGACUUCACGCGCGACGUGCUGCUGCCUCGCAGCUCUCCCUGCUGGCGCAUCGUGGGUACCGACGUGUCGAGCGCCAUGAUCGCGUACGCGGAGCGCUACUUCGCGCAUCCGCGCAUCACGUACGACGUGCUGGACCUUUCCCAUGACGUGUCUCCGUUCGUGGAGAGGUACGGCAGCUUCCACCGCGUCUACUCCUUCUUCUGCCUGCACUGGAUCCGCGACCAGGUGGGCGCGCUGCGCAACGUCCGCAACCUGAUGAGGCCAGAGGGCGAGUGCCUGCUCCAGUUCUGCGCGCGCACGCCCGUCCACACGCUCUGGAGGGACUUUGCCCGCAUGGACCGCUGGAGGAGUCUGAUGUCGAACAUUGAAGACUUCAUACCGCCUAGCCAAGACGCAGAUGACCAGUUGUCUUAUUUGGAAAAUAUUCUGGCUGCAUCCUCACUGAAGCCACACACCUGCGAAGUGCUCCGGAAUGUGUGGACAUUCCCUAGCGAACAGCACCUUGCGGGUUCCAUUUUGGCCUUGCUGCCCGUGGCGGACGGCGUGCCCGACUGCGAGAAGCAGGAGCUGAACAAGGCUAUGUCGGCUGAGAUGUUGCGCCGUUGCCACAAGGGUCCUGCUGGGUUCAGUGCAGAGUUCGACGUGUACGUCGUGCACGCCUCUCGAUCCACCGUCUGCCAUCCCACAAACUGAACGACAGUGCAAGGCUGCUUGAAUUCGUGAGGGUGUGGCUUUACCACCCUCGCGUCACUAGGGCACAUCUUUGUUCGCUUAUCACCAAAUUGAUGUUAGUGUACAACAGGUUAAAUAUGCACACGUGCCCCAUUGUAGUUAAACGAUGUGCUUUACCUGUUGUUUCAUGACAGUGUAUUGUAGAAAGAGUUACUCAGGGAUGAAUCCAUGACGUUAUCUCAAGCUCCCCUUUUAUCCCAGCUACUCUGACCAAGCACGUACUUGUGUGGCCUCUUAUAUGCCACCUUUCAUCGGGGAAUUAGUUCUGUAAUUGCCAUUUCAGUAAACCAAAGUGGGAGUCGUGAUGCAUGCAUUCAAAAGCGCCACAUGCCAGAUUUGUCGCAUACCACAUACUGUGACUGUGAUGUGCUAUGGUGAAUAUUUUGUUUGCUUCCAUAUGGACCAAGUAUGUGCUUCUUCUCUAUGACCAGACUCAUUUUCUCUGCCAGUAUCGUGCAAAUAAAGAAUCAAAACCAGGGU